CUUGUGCAAAAUGACAACACUUGAACACAAUGCACAGUAUCUAGAGCACCUUUGGCACAACUUUCAGCGUUCGAAACGACAAGCAAUAACUGCUCGGUACUUUCGAUGGUGGCGGAGGCAUGUGUGGCUGCAUCGUCUGGACCGACUACGCACUCUCCAACAAGUCCAGCGUCGCGACCGUGUUUUGCGCGUGGCAGUGCUUCGAUACAUUCGAACCAGACAACAGCGGGGCUUUGAAUCUUUGCGGCGUCAAGUGGCUACCUUCAGAGCCAGCUCGGUGGCGUUGAGGUCGUUGGUUUUACGACAGAAUCAGCGCAAUGCUGUGCACAAAUGGCGCUGCAUUGUUCGCCAUGAAAAGCUCGAAGAGCAAGUGGUCGCUCAAGCGUGGGUGCUGCUGCAUCGCCGCGCUGUCAAGAAGUUGCUGGGCAUGUUGUUUCGAUGGCGAAAGCUUCGGCUUUGUAAAGGGCUAUCGCAAUGGCAGCUACACGUUGAUGCUUGUCGGUGGUGGUAGGCGCCUACUGUACACCGUGUUCACCUGUCUUUCAGAUGCUUCUUGACAUCGACAUUGUAUUUCAC